GAAGAAUUUCGGUACUUGAGAAGAGGAAAAUAUCCCACAGUGAUUGAGGAUGAUGGACUCUCUGAUUCGCUCCAAACGUCGAGUUGCCGAUUCAGCACCGGAAGAUUCGGAAUUGGAUAACGAGCUAGCCGGAGACUCCGAGAACCAGACCGCGUACGACGAGACAUUGGACCGAAAGCAAGCUUGCAAUCGCUGUCGGCGACGCAAGAUCCGAUGUAACCGCGCCAUUACGUGCUCAAACUGUGCCCGAUCAAGAUCAGACUGCUCUUAUCCGGCUAUCGGGCACCAUAGAGAGAAGCGACAGCGUAUACAUAUGUCAGCUAAACAUGAACAGAAAAUAGAUCGUAUAUUCGAAGUUCUCGAUGAACUCAGAGUGAAAGUGGAUAAUUUAUCUCAAGAAGCCCACCCGCGUUUGAGCGGUGGCCAUAAUGAGGAAGCAACAUCUUCUAACGUCGAACCCGAGAACCAACCCUCCCUUCUGAGUCAUGCUGUGUUCGCAAGCCAGUUUCUGAGAGCCCUUUUUGGCGAGUCUAACGGCCCAAGGGAGCUUGUCCGGAAAAUGGAGUUGUCUCUGGGCGCAUUGCAUGGGGUCAUUGAUUCUCAACGCCAACAAAAGACCACAUUGCACAAUGUGUAUCCGUAUGCCAGGACAAUGCCCCAGGGGACUAGCCUUGGUGGUCUGCGAAUGCCCCCAGUCGAGAUCAGCCUUGAAUGCCUGCAAAAGGCCAAGGAAUGUCAGCGUGUACAAUUCUUUUGGCUUAGUGAAUUUGUUUCCCUUUCUCAGUUCACUGAAUACCUGGUCAAAGUUUACUCACCCGGCCCCAGCUCUAACACUGAGAGGAUCAUUGUGCUGGGUGGCAUAUUUUGGCUUUUUUGUGAGUGUGCUUUGGACACUGCCGAUGCGCAAACGCGUGAAAGAUUUUGGAAUCAGGCAGCUCUCUCUCGGGAGGCGUUGGAGACCGACUUAUAUCAUUUACCAUUCCACACCCCGAUCAACUUUGACUCCGUCCUAGCCAUGAGCAUCGCGGCAUCAUAUUGUUUUCGAACCGGCAAAAUAUCAGCAGCCUGGAAUUUUACCACCAACGCGGCACAUUUAUGUCAGGCCUUAGGCUUUCACCGACCGCAUGUGCUAAGUGCUGACUCUCCAGAUUUGAAGCAGCGCAAAGCCAAAUUACUGUGGACCAUCUUCACUUUAGAGCGGAACUUAUCUUUACAAUUGGGCAGACCGUCUACCUUCCACGUGGAUGAUAUCGCUCUGCCCCAGUUGAGCGUUGCUCCAAACACAACAGCAGACUUUCCGUUCAAUAUCACACUCACCAAACACAUCCACGUAGCCGCCUUACAGGGGAGAGCAUACAAUGAGAUCUACAGCCUUGGGGCUCUCUCUCAACCGAUUGAAAUCAGAACCCGCCGUGCAGAGAAGCUUGCUAGUGAACUACGAAACAUUCUGGAACAUGAGGAUGAGAUCGAGACGAGAUACAGUGAAGCCAGACGCCAUGCUUUAGGGUCCACUCUACAUGAGCUUUUCCAGUGUGCUGCCAGAAUCAACGAGCUGUCGCUUCUUACGCUGUUAUAUCGUGGCAUACCUCCUGAUAAGUCAUCUGAUAUAGCAUUUUGCAAUGAAUGUGUGGAUACUGCUAGAGCAGCGCUCGAGGAGCACCAACGCAGCAUAUCUAUCAUCACCAGCUCGCAUGUGAAAGGGCACCCGCUUGAGAUGUAUAUCAAUUGGUCCUUUCUUCUAUUUCCAUUCUUUCCCUUCAUUGUCCUCUUCUGCCAUAUAGCUCAGACAUUCGACCAGAGUGACCUUCAUUUACUAAAAAGCGUUGUUGAAACCCUCGAGUCGAUACCUGAAUCGGCAUUCUAUCAGACACACAGCAAACAAAUCCGUCUAUUCCGGGCUCUGUACGAUGUUGCGCAGACUUACAUUGAAUUGAAAACCAGUGAAGUCGAGCCACAAAUCGCUAGUUGGGAUUUCAACCAAAUGCUCACCACCAUAGGAGUUCCAUUUCUCCCUCAAGCUUCGGAUUCGCUUUUACAUUCCACUCAUAUAGGAACUGCCGAUGCAAUGCCUAUACCUACGAUAGAUGGAGCCGCGUCGCACUACGUGAAUCAGGGCUUCGACGAUGUCCCGGGAUCUAGCGGUACAUUUACCGCGGAGAUCGAUGAGACGGCACUGGAACUUGGAAAUUGGUUUCAGGGAAAUCACGAAAUGUUGAGGCUGUUGGAUGAUAGCUAUCUUCGACAAUAGGGACUUCAGUGUCCGUGAAUAUGUCUUCGUAUAAGUGGCUGUUUUGCGGAUCCUGAAUUGCAAUCGG